AUGUUGGAAGAACUUCCGCGCCUGGAGUCCAGAACGCACGGUUUCAGCGGGGGCCGCAGGGUAGCCUGCGAGAGAGAGGGCGAGGCCAGGUAUAAAGCCCCGCUUGCCAGCUCACGCGCAGCCUCUCCAAUUUCCGUCAGUAUUUCCGUCAGUACCGCACUCACCCACCCGCGGCAUGAGCAGCGUCCUCGUGCCGGCCCGGCGCCCGCCUGUCUCACGCUCUGGGACGAGGAGGACUUCCAGGGACGUCGCUGCCGGCUGCUAAGUGACUGCGCGAACAUCUGGGAGCGCGGAGGCCUGCGCAGGGUGCGCUCAGUCAAGGUGGAAAACGGCUCUUGGGUGGCGUAUGAGUAUCCCGACUUCCAGGGACAGCAAUUCAUUCUGGAGAAGGAGGACUAUCCUCGCUGGAGUGCCUGGAGUGGCAGUGGUGGCCACCACAGUGACCAGCUGCUCUCUUUCCGGCCAGUGCUCUGCGCGAUGAGCACAAACCACAGUGACAGCCACGUGACACUGUUUGAGGGAGACAACUUCCAGGGCUGCAAGUUUGAACUCAGUGAUGACUACGCAUCCCUGCCCUCCAUGGGUUGGGCCAGCAAGGAUGUGGGUUCCCUCAAAGUCAGCUCUGGAGCGCGGGUGGCCUACCAGUACCUAGGCUACAAGGGCUACCGGUACAUAUUGGAGCGGGACCGGCAUGGCGGGGAGUUCCGUAACUACAGCGAAUUCAGCACGCAGGCCCACAGCGGGCAGCUGCAGUCCAUUCGGAGAGUCCAGCAACAAGCCCCAUGGCCCCAGCACCUUCCCCGAGGAUCCUCAUUAAAAGCUCCUGAACCUCCCUGCCCUUCUUGUCUCUUUCUUGGUGUCUUGUUUUAUGAUCUCCAUCCUCAUCUUUCUGAGGGUCCUUCCCUGUCAACCUGA